GAUACUAAUAUCACCAGCUCGCCUUCACUGUCAAACCAUACACUUCACAUAAUACCUCCUCCUGGUCCUGCAAAUGCAGCCACAGAUGAGGUGUCUGACUCAUUGCCUCCUGAACAGAACAGUGAAGUUCACAACAAGUCAAGUAGAGAACAUCAACAGAAGUUUAUUAGAAUGCCAGUGAGAAGGCUAUUGGAAGACGAGAUGGAUGCACUUGCUGGGGGCACCAUGGUGAAGGGCACCUUGCUAGUGACCACAAAUGUCAUCAUGUUUGACUCGGAUGUCUCUGACCCGCUUGUGGUCAGCAGUGUCGAUCCCCAGAAAUUUAAUAUGGUUGUCUACAUGGAGGAGAUUAAAAGUAAAACUCACGAGUCACCCGUACAACACAAGCUAGCAGCAGAAGAGGGACACAGUUCACCAGCACAUAGCUUUCAGCCUCUGCAUUUCACUGAUAAGUCUCCUAGCAACAUCGUCAGUCAUCCACAUGCUGUCCAUGGGCAGUCAGUGUUGGAGCUUUCACAGUCAUCCACAAGAGGUGCAGACAGUAAUGAAGAAGUUGCCAAGUUGUCCAUUUCAGACAAUGCCGAACAACCUCAGUUGACAGAAAAGAAGGCUGAUGGUUGCCAUGCAGUAAAAACUAAUCUUGACGAUUCAGAUAAGUCAGAUAGUUUGGGGAAUUCUUCAGAUGAAGAAGAAAAGUCACCAUCUGUCAGAAGUAGAUCUGCAACAUUAGACAAUGAUACUACAUCUGAAGAGAAGGAAAGCAAGCGAGAGAAAUCUCCACUGCACAUCACUAAAAGUUUGUCAGGACGCAGCAGUCCAUGGUCAUCAAAGGCACAGAGUAUGGUAGACAAAUUAGCCCUUCAAGUGUCAAGCUUAUCCUGGGGGGAUACAUCUGUUGACCAGAAAGACAAAUCACCAAAGUCUAGAGACAGCAGUCCUCAUUCAUCAUAUUUUCGUGCACCAGCUCCUAUCUCACGGUUGUUUAACUACACCUCCAACUUAUUUCAAGGGCAACCUGCAGCAGAUAAGGAUUCACCUCCUUCAACAGCGGACAUCAAGGAGAAAUCCUCGCCAUCACCCAGACUUCAGUUGAAGAGUCACUUCACCAAAGAGGACAUGUCAAGAGCUCUUGGACCAGAUCCUAGAGGAUUUUUAUUGAGAUCUGACUCUCGACAUUUUGUGGAUCCACCCUUGUACUUACAGAUCAGACGAGGUGUCCGAAAAAAUGUUCAGAUUAUGCAGACUCGAGCCUUUGACCAUUGGAACACUGGUCCUGUAUUAAAUGAGUAUUGGUUUGUGGUUCCUCGAGUCAUGGGAGAUAAGCUGUACAACUUCCUGAUGACCUGGCAACCUGAUGCUUACGGAGAUGAAGAGGAGACACAACCUAGAGGACAGUUUUUCUAUGAUGCUGAUGAAGUGAAUAGCUUGGGGAUACCUUUCAUUAAAGUUACAGCAGGGGAUGAGUCCCGGGAAGAUCUACUUCUUUCGGAUGACCACUUUAGAGAGUCUGAAAAGACAUGGGAAAUCCUCAGCAAAGAGGAAAUUUAUGGAGCAGAGAAGCAGCAGUCUCUUUAUAGACAAGAUACUAUUGAUGAUAGUAGCCCUCCAGAGCUGAUUGGUCCAACUGUCAUCAUUAAUCCUGAAUAUAUGCGAGCUAUUCUACGAUCCCUUCCACCAAGCAUGACGGUGGGUUACGACUGGAAGCUGGUCUACGGCACACACAAGCAUGGAUAUUCACUACAGAACAUGUACAUGAAGACAGAAGAGCUAGAGGAAGACGAACCAGUCCUGCUGUUUAUCACGGACACACAUGGCGCUGUGUUUGGAGCAUACUUGAGUAACACAAUUCGUCAAAGUGAGACUUUCUACGGGACCGGUGCAACAUUCUUGUUUACAUUCCUGCCAGAAUUUAAGAAAUUUCCAUGGAGGAGAAACAAUAACUACUUCAUGCACGGGACAAAGGAUUUCUUUGCCGUCGGAGCUGGAGAAGGUGUGUUUGGUCUGUGGUUGGACAGUGACCUAAACAAAGGCCGUUCAUAUCCAUGUACAACAUUCAUGAAUGAUGUUCUAGCCACUGAAGAAGAUUUCAGUAUUCUACAGCUGGAGGUGUGGAAAUUU